AGAGAGCUUGUGUGAGGAGAUAAGAUUUAUAGAGCUUGGCCGAGCUGCUCUCUUCAGUAGACACAAUGGCAUCAGCAGCUCCAUCUCUCCUCAAGUCAUCACCAGUCCUAGACAAGUCUGAUUGGGUGAAGGGCCAGACUCUUCGCCAGAGCUCUGUGUCCGUCAUCCGGUGCCUCCCAACAGCCCCAUCAGGGCUCACAAUCCGGGCUGGUUCCUAUGCAGAUGAGCUUGUCAAGACUGCGAAAACAAUUGCAUCACCCGGACGGGGAAUUCUCGCCAUGGAUGAGUCCAACGCCACCUGUGGGAAGCGUCUGGCAUCGAUUGGGCUAGAGAACACUGAGGCCAACAGGCAGGCAUACAGAACUCUCCUAGUGACAGUCCCAGGGCUAGGCAACCACAUCUCUGGAGCCAUUCUCUUUGAGGAGACUCUCUACCAAUCCACCACUGAUGGGAAGAAGAUGGUUGAUGUGCUUGUUGAGCAGAAAAUAGUCCCUGGUAUUAAAGUUGACAAGGGUCUUGUGCCCCUGGUUGGCUCCAAUGAUGAGUCCUGGUGCCAAGGUCUUGAUGGCCUUGCCUCCCGCUCUGCUGCUUACUACCAGCAGGGUGCUCGUUUCGCCAAAUGGCGUACUGUUGUGAGCAUUCCCAAUGGCCCAUCUGCCCUGGCACUGAAGGAAGCAGCUUGGGGACUUGCUCGCUAUGCUGCCAUUUCUCAGGACAACGGGCUGGUGCCAAUUGUUGAGCCAGAGAUCUUGCUCGAUGGAGAGCAUGGAAUUGAGAGGACUUUUGAGGUGGCUCAGAAGGUGUGGGCUGAGGUUUUCUUCUACCUAGCUGAGAACAAUGUGAUGUUUGAGGGUAUCCUUCUCAAGCCUAGCAUGGUCACUCCUGGAGCAGAAUGCAAGGACAGGGCGACCCCAGAACAGGUCGCAGACUACACCCUCAAGCUCCUCAAAAGGAGAAUUCCUCCUGCAGUUCCAGGGAUCAUGUUCUUGUCUGGUGGGCAAUCUGAAGUUGAAGCCACCCUGAACCUGAACGCAAUGAACCAAGGUCCCAACCCAUGGCACGUGUCAUUCUCGUAUGCCAGGGCCCUCCAGAACACUUGCCUAAAGACAUGGGGAGGAAGGCCUGAGAGCGUGAAGGAGGCUCAAGAGGCUUUGCUGAUCCGUGCCAAGGCCAACUCUCUUGCUCAGCUCGGGAAGUACACUGGCGAAGGAGAGUCAGAGGAGGCAAAGAAGGGAAUGUUCGUCAAGGGCUACGUCUACUAAGCUGCUGCACUUGCAAAAAAAAUCAGAUUGAAAGGAAGACAAUGGAGUGCUGAAUAUGCAUUUCUCUCUCGAUGUGUUAAAGCCUAUAGCCAUGGAGACUAUUUUUGGUUCAUUACAUGUACUUUUUAGCCACCUAAUAAACUUCCUGCAGAUGAGAUCAGUCAUUAUUAACCAAUGCAUCUUAAGCUUCAAUUA